AUGUCCUUCGUGGGCACUGGCGCUUUCGGCAACUAUGACCGAUCUGCCCAAACCGGCGGCAUGCCUUCACUAGCUAGAGUCGGCACUCACGAGGCCGAGGAGGAACAACCGCAUAUUACUCACCACACGAGCCACCACCACCACCACCACCACCACGCAGCCGAUCACCAUCACGAGAAUGCCGACUCCGUUGACCCGGAGAAGGAGAAGGCUCAGGGCGAUGGCGCCGAGGUGAGCCGCACCCGCACCACCUCCGUCACCGAGGCGGGCGGCGACAACGAGACCUCCCGCAAGGAGGAGAGGGGCAGCACUCCCGAGACCGAGACCAGCGAAGACGAUGAGGCCAUCGAGGAGGCCCGCCGCAAUAGCAUGGUCCAGGCUCUGGCCCGCAAGUACACCUCUCAGUCGCAGUAUUCUGGCCCCGUGGGCGACAACCCCUUCCAGGCGGCCGCCGAGGAUCUCGACAGCCCCCUGAACCCGAACAGCCCGCACUUCAAGGCGCGUGCCUGGGCUCAGUCCAUUGUCGACAUGGUCUCUACCGAGGGCCACCAGUUCCGCACCACCGGCGUCGCAUUCCAGAACAUGAACGUCUUCGGCUUCGGCGUCGCUACCGAUUAUCAGAAGGAUGUCGGAAACGUAUGGCUCGAGGCUGCCGGCCUUGUUCGUCGUUUGUUUGGCAAUGGCAAGCGGAGGAUCGAUAUUCUGCGGUCCUUCGACGGUGUGGUCAACAAAGGCGAGAUGCUUGUCGUCCUGGGCCCUCCAGGUUCCGGCUGCAGUACUUUCCUCAAGACAAUUGCUGGCGAGACCAAUGGUAUUUUUGUUGACGAUAGCUCCUACUUCAAUUACCAAGGUAUGACCGCCAAGGAAAUGCACACUCACCACCGUGGUGAAGCCAUCUACACAGCUGAGGUCGAUGUUCACUUUCCGCAGCUAACCGUGGGCGACACCCUCACCUUUGCCGCCAGGGCGCGCGCUCCGCGCCAUCUCCCCGCUGGACUUUCGCACACUGUGUUUUCGAACCAUUUGCGAGAUGUUGUCAUGGCCAUGUUCGGCAUUUCUCACACAAUUAACACCCGCGUCGGUAACGAGUACGUGCGUGGUGUUUCUGGUGGUGAAAGAAAGCGUGUUACCAUUGCUGAGGCCGCCUUGUCCGGAGCUCCCCUGCAAUGCUGGGAUAACUCCACCCGUGGUUUGGACAGUGCAAACGCCAUUGAGUUCUGUAAGACUUUGAGACUGCAGACUGAGCUGUUCCACAACACAGCUUGCGUUUCUAUCUACCAGGCACCCCAAUCUGCUUAUGACCUCUUCGACAAGGCCUGUGUCUUGUACGAGGGUCGCCAGAUCUUCUUUGGAAGGGCAGAUGCGGCCAAGAACUAUUUUGUCAACUUGGGUUUCGAGUGCCCGGCUCGAGCUACCACCCCGGAUUUCCUGACCUCCAUGACCAGUCCCCAGGAGCGCAUUGUCCGGGCUGGCUUUGAGACCAAGGCCCCUCGUACCCCUGACGAAUUUGCCGCUGCUUGGAAAGCCAGUGCCGAGUACAAGGCGCUGCAGGCGGAGAUUGAGGAGUACAAGACCAUUCAUCCGAUUAAUGGCCCCGACGCCGAGGCUUUCAGGGCCAGCAAGAAGGCCCAGCAGGCUAGAGGACAACGUCUCAAGUCUCCCUUCACCCUCUCAUACGUGCAGCAGAUUGAGCUUUGCUUGUGGCGAGGCUGGAGGCGUCUUAUCGGUGACCCGAGUUUGACGCUUGGCGCGCUCAUCGGUAACUUCGGCAUGGCUCUGAUCAUUGCCAGUGUCUUCUACAAUCUCAAGAUGACGAGUUCGGCCUUCUUCCAACGAGGUGCCCUUCUUUUCUUCGCUUGUCUCAUGAACGCAUUCGCUAGCGCUUUGGAAAUUCUGACCCUCUAUGCUCAACGGCCUAUUGUUGAGAAACACUCCCGUUACGCCUUGUAUCAUCCUUCCGCUGAGGCUGUCGCAUCGAUGCUUUGCGAUAUGCCGUACAAGGUCCUAAACGCACUGGUUUUCAACAUCACUCUGUACUUCAUGACUAACUUGCGACGGGAAGCUGGUGCAUUCUUCUUCUUCCUGCUGAUCUCGUUCUUCACUGUACUAGCUAUGUCCAUGAUCUUCCGAACUAUUGCUUCCGCCUCGCGAACGCUCUCGCAAGCCAUGGUUCCGGCUGCUAUGCUCAUCCUGGCUCUGGUCAUCUUCACCGGUUUCGUCAUCCCGAUCGAUUACAUGCUUGGUUGGUGCCGAUGGUUGAAUUAUCUCGACCCGCUUGCCUAUGCAUUUGAGGCCCUGAUGGUCAAUGAGUUCCACAAUCGGUCGUACCGGUGUACCGAAUAUGUUCCCAGCCCCGCCUUAUCGGAGUACGCCACUGUUGGCCCAUCGAACCGUAUUUGCUCUGCCGUCGGCGCUGUCGCUGGAUCUGAUGUUAUUAUUGGUGAUGACUACAUUAACACGGCCUUCCAGUACUACCACGCCCACAAGUGGCGUGAUUUCGGUAUUCUUAUUGUCUUCAUGCUUGGCUUCCUCGCCACCUACAUGAUUGCUGCUGAGCUGGUGUCUGCCAAGAAGUCUAAGGGCGAAGUCUUGGUCUUCCGUCGUGGUCACCGCCCAGCUGCCUUCAAGGAGCGCAAGCAAGACGCGGAAUCCGGUCCUGUUGUCAGUGGUCCCGCAGUCGCAGCCGCUGAGAAAACUACGGGAGAAAAGCAGAACGAUGCUGCCUUUAUCCAAAAGCAAACCAGCGUUUUCCACUGGAACAAUGUCUGCUACGAUAUUAAGAUCAAGGGUGAACCUAGGCGUAUUUUGGACAACGUUGAUGGCUGGGUCAAGCCAGGUACUUUGACAGCUUUGAUGGGCGUCUCUGGUGCCGGUAAAACUACUCUACUCGACUGCUUGGCUGACCGUAUCAACAUGGGUGUCAUUACUGGUGAGAUGCUUGUUGAUGGCCACCAACGUGAUACAUCCUUCCAGCGGAAGACAGGCUACGUGCAACAGCAAGAUCUUCAUCUCGAGACCACUACUGUCCGUGAAGCUCUCAACUUCAGCGCUCUCUUGCGCCAGCCGGCCCAUGUCCCUCGCGCUGAGAAAUUGGCGUAUGUCGACGAAGUCAUAAAGCUAUUGGAUAUGCAGGAGUACGCCGAUGCCGUUGUCGGUGUCCCAGGUGAAGGUCUGAACGUCGAACAAAGGAAGCGCUUGACUAUUGGUGUGGAACUGGCUGCGAAGCCUCCUUUGCUGUUGUUUGUAGACGAGCCGACGUCAGGUCUUGACUCCCAGACUUCGUGGGCCAUUCUGGACCUCCUCGAGAAGCUCACCAAGAGCGGCCAGGCCAUUCUCUGCACUAUUCAUCAACCUUCCGCUAUGCUCUUCCAGCGAUUCGACCGCUUGCUCUUCCUGGCUAAAGGUGGAAAGACUGUUUACUUCGGCGACAUUGGCGAGAAUUCCAAGACAAUGACCAGCUAUUUCGAACGCAAUGGUGGAUUCCCCUGCCCUCACGACGCCAAUCCCGCCGAGUGGAUGCUUGAGGUUAUUGGCGCGGCACCCGGCUCAACUACAGAUAUUGAUUGGUUCGAAACUUGGAGAGAAAGUCCCGAGUACAGCUCUAUUCAGGGCGAAUUGCAACGCUUGAAGGAUGACCGAAAGGAGAUGAGACCUACCACAGAAGACAAGGGCAGUUACAACGAGUUUGCUGCUAGCCUGCCCAGCCAACUAUUUGAGGUCACUCAUCGUGUCUUCCAGCAAUAUUGGCGAACACCUUCUUACAUCUACUCCAAGGCUGCUCUCUGUACUCUUGUGGCGCUCUUCAUUGGAUUCGUCUUCUUCAAGGCCCCAAACACCAUCCAAGGAUUACAGAACCAAAUGUUUGCCAUCUUCAAUUUGCUCACAGUCUUCGGCCAGCUCGUCCAACAAACCAUGCCGCACUUCGUCAUUCAACGAUCACUAUACGAAGUACGUGAGAGACCCUCUAAGGUUUACAGCUGGAAGAUCUUCAUGCUCAGUCAAAUCAUCGUGGAGUUACCCUGGAAUACGCUCAUGGCAGUCAUCAUGUAUGUCUGCUGGUACUACCCUGUCGGCUUGUACCGCAAUGCCGAGCCUGCCGACCAGGUUACUGAGCGUGGCGCUCUUAUGUUCUUGCUCCUCCUUGCCUUCCUGCUCUUCACGUCUACCUUCACCGAUAUGAUCAUCGCUGGUUUUGAGACUGCUGAGGCUGGUGGAAACAUUGCCAACUUGCUGUUCAUGCUUUGCUUGAUUUUCUGUGGUGUUCUCGCCAGUCCCGAUACGCUCCCAGGAUUCUGGAUCUUCAUGUAUCGCGUCAGCCCCUUCUCGUAUCUUGUAUCCGCCAUGUUAGCGACUGCCGUUGCGAAUACAGAGGUUACAUGUGCCGCCAACGAAUUCUUGAAAUUUGAUCCUGUUUCGGGAACUUGCGCCGAGUACAUGAGCACCUACAUCGCCAAGGCCGGUGGCUACCUGACAAACCCUAACGCCACCGAGGCCUGCAACUACUGCUCCGUCAAGGAAACUAACGUUUACCUUGUGGGUGUGAGAGCGGAAUACCAGUACCGCUGGAGAAAUUUUGGUAUCUUCUGGGUCUUCAUCAUCUUCAACAUCUUUGGUGCUCUGUUCGUCUACUGGCUCGCUAGAGUGCCCAAGGGCAAGAAGAAGAAGGCUGACUAG